AAGAAAUACAAUCAACUCCUGAUGAAUCAAAACCAAGCAUUGCUACUGAUCUCACAUCGGCCACUAUUUUAGCAUCAUCAACAAGUAGAAUAAUUGUUUCUUAUUCUACUGAGACAACUACCAUGACUACUGCAUUGACUAUUCCAUUGGCUACUCCAUUGGCUACUGUGUCAACUACUGUAUUAGUGAAGAAUGGAGGAACUAUUACUGGAUGGAUAGUUGGUGUGACAGUAUUAGCAUCACUAUUGGCUGUAUCUGUAAUUAUUAUACUGGUACUGGUUGUAUAUAUUAAAAGAGCUAAUAUCAAGCAAAAGAGUAGUUUACAAUUCCAUAGAAAACCAGAUAAGGAGAUUGAAAUGGAAUGCAGUCCAGCUUAUACUACAAAUACUGCUGAUGAUCUAUCAAUGAAGGAUAGUCCAACAUACAUGUAUGCUACAGUACAAGAAGCACAAUCAACUGAUGAGCCAAUAUAUGAUACAGCUGGGCCUGAGUCUAUAUACUCCACCUGCUGAAUAUGAAAUACCAACAGUUUCAUGAUUUGGUCCACAAUACAACAUUAAA